AAUCAGGUGUACUGACUCUUAUUGGUUUGAACUAUACCUUGUUUCAGGUGGCGAUUUUGAUUCCAUUCCGUAAUCGACAUGAACAUCUACCGAUACUCUUAAGGCAUUUGAUUCCAAUGCUGCAGCACCAACGCUUGCAAUUUGCCUUCUACAUAAUUGAGCAGGCCGGAAUGCAGCCAUUUAACCGUGCUAUGCUGUUCAACGUUGGAUUUAUGGAGGCUUUGAAAGACGAGAAUUGGGAUUGUGUCAUCUUUCACGAUGUCGAUCAUAUACCUGAAAACGAUCGCAACUACUAUGGGUGUGGAAACAUGCCAAGGCACUUUGCUGCUAAAUUGGAUAAAUACAUGUACCUGCUUCCUUAUAAUGAAUUUUUUGGCGGUGUAAGUGGAUUGACAGUGGAGCAAUUUAGGAAAAUUAAUGGUUUUCCAAAUGCUUUCUGGGGUUGGGGAGGUGAAGACGAUGAUCUGUGGAAUAGGGUUCAGUAUGCUGGUUUUACUGCAACAAGACCUGAAGGUGAUUUAGGAAAAUAUAAAUCCAUCCCCCAUCACCAUCGAGGGGAGGUACAAUUCUUGGGAAGAUAUGCUUUAUUGAGACAUUCUAAAGAGAGGCAACAGGUCGAUGGCCUGAGCAACUUGAAGUACUUUCCAAAUAUCACAGUUUAUGCCUUGUAUAAAAACAUAACUGUGAACUUGACACCGGAGCUGGCUCCAGUAAACGACUAUUAAGCUAUAAUAGAUAUUAGGGUCUCUUGCCAAGAGAAAACAUAAUGGAUGGACUUUUGGAACUUUUACUGGUAAAGAUCUGCAGCAAUCUAAGCAAAUAGCAGUUCGACCUUGAGGAAGAAACGAGAAGUUAGAUCUAACUUUAGUAAUCGAGUUGUGCCAUGGUCAGCAAAAGGACUGUGUAGCGGAACUGAUGGUUCUAAACAACGUCUAACAAGGACUUCAGCGUCAUUUGGUAAUGGACUCCCAUCAGUGUAUUCCUUUCCUCCCUCCUUCCUUGUGGAUAGCAGUGCCGUUGAUAAUCAAGAAGGGAAAAAAUGAAUCCAAGCAACUGCCGUUGCAGGAAUGAAUUGAAACCUACCCCAAGCCCACAGAUUGGUUGAAGUUACUGUAUUGUGUGAUACCUUGGUGUAGAAUGCCGAGUACAAAUGGCCUGCUGCCUUUUCAAUCACUGAAGAUUAAAUUAAACUUGCUGAAAUUUUUUUUAUUCAUUAGCAAUUAAUGCACUUCUACCAGAAGACAUCUUAUUUGUAAAUAAUGUAUGUGAAUUGCCUUUUUUUUUACAGUCUGCUGAACCAGAAGUCUUUACAUGUUCAGAUCAAGAAAUGCAAGUCAUUGUGCAUUUGUAAUACAUAGAACAAACUGAAUACAAUAUCCCCGAUUUUUUUUCCAUGCAAUAUCACGAUUUUGCCAUCUUUUACUGCUGCACUCUGGUGCCGUUAAGGAUUGUGAAUUGUUCCUAGAAUUUUUUUCCCCCCCAAAUGUCUUAUUUGAAGUGUUAGACCCUAGUUGCCUCACAUUGCUCUGUGUCUAUGAUUAUAUGUUUGCAUACUAACUUAUUUUGCUAAGCGAAUGGGCGUGUGUGCCAAUGAUACAGGGGCAUUAAUAUUUCCUUAUUAGCAACUUUAAGGUGCAAGACUGAGGUGUAG